UCUGUCUGUCUGUCUGUCCGAGGCUUUGCUCCGUGGUCGUUAGUGCUAGAAAGCUGAAAUUCGGUAUGGAUAUAUAAAUCAAUAAAGCCGACAAAGUCGUACAAUAAAAUCUAAAAAAAAUAUUUUUUGAGGGUACCUCCCCCACACGUAAAGUGGGGGUGUUUUUUUUUUUUUGCUUCAACCCUACACUGUGGGAUAUCGUUGGAAAGGUCUUUCAAAACUAAUAGGGGUCUUCAACAAACAUUUUUUGAUAAAGUGAAUAUAUUCGGAGAUAAUCGCUCCGAAAGAAAAAAAAAAUGUGCCCCCCCCCCCCCUCUAACUUUUGAACCAUAGGUCCAAAAAAUAUGAAAAAAAUCGUGGAAGUAGAGCUUAAGAAAGACAUUAAAUGAAAACUAUAGCGGACAUGAUCAGUUUAGCUGUUUUUGAGUUAUCGCUAAAAGUUUCCCCUUGAUAGUAAAAAGACUUACUUUAAUUAGGUACUGAUUAUGCAAAUUUGCCUAUUUGUUUAACUCGCGUGAAAGGUACCGUUUCAUCCCUUGGUUAACAAUUUACUAUACUUUAAGCUCCAGUUUAGCUUAUUGUGACGGAAGAGUAACUACGGAACCCUACACUGAGCGUGGCCCGACAUGUUCUUGGCCGGUUUUUAUUAAGGUUUAAAACCCUGCCAAGUGAGAGUCGGACUCGCGCAUAAUGGUUCCGUACCAUUACGCAAAAAACGGAAAAACACGUUUGUUGUUUAGGAGCCCCACUUAAAUAUUUAUUUUAUUUUAUUUUUAGUAUUUGUUGUUAUAGCGGCAACAGAAAUAGGUACAUCAUAUGUGAUAAUUUCAGACAGACAGAGACGAACAGUGCAGUCUUAGUAAUAGAGUCCCGUUCCCAUUUUACUCUUUGGGUACGGAACUCUAACGGUAAAGUAACAAUUAUUUUGCGUACCAAUAUUUGAAUUUAGAGAAUUUACGUUGGCAUGUUUGAUUUAGAAUUUCUAUUAAGCUACCAAAUUGUACAUAUCUCAAUCUAUUGCCGUUUAAUUAAAAUAUUUUUAGUUUAUAUAAAUUGGGUACCUAUAGAUAUUAUCACAACUAUGAGUAAAUACACAAAACCUCGUUCGUGAUAACAGGGACUGAAGUCAACCCGAUAACGAGUGUCUACGGGUAUAAUGUCAUUUAAUAACACGAAGUCGUAUAAAGCAGAGUCAGCGCUACGGCAGUGAACAAAACGAUGCAUUGAGACAGUGUUAGAAAAUCCCAGUGGAGUAGUGGAUUGACUAGUGUCAAUAAGGACUAGUGCAAUGAGAACGUUUUAUAAAAUAUAAGUGUUUGCACUUUAAUUUGAGAAGAAUAUUAAGUGAAUAAAGUAAUUGUAAACAUAAUGAGAUGUGAUAGUGGGAACUAAGUUACAUUACAAUGGCUAGCCCCAAAGUGACUAAAGUGCCGCCUGAUGGAGGAUAUGGCUGGGUCGUCACAUUUGCUUAUGCUUUAAACAAUGUCGUGGUACUUCCACUCAUAGCCGGUUUCGGCUUAGUAUUUCAAGAAGCGUUCCACGACGUGGGCUUGUCAGCUACACAGGGCACCCUGAUAAUCACCUUGAACCAUGGGUUCGGGAUGCUGCUCUCGUUCUUCGGCGGGCCGGUGCUGCGGCGCUUCGGGUACAGGAAGGUGGCCGUCACGGGAGCCAUACUCAUCUCAGCGGGACUUAUGCUCACGGCCGUUGCGUCCAGUUUCUGGCUCUUCUUAUUUUCUUAUAGCAUUUUAAAUUCAAUGGGAGUAGCAGCAGUCAUGGCCGCCUUCUCACUAGCCAUUAACUCAUAUUUUAAAGAGAAAAGGAGCAGAGCUGUUGGUGUUGGAAUGUCCAUCACAGGGCUCGGAGCCAUCUACAUGCCUCUACUCAUGAGUGCACUCAUAUAUGCCUACGGAUGGAGGUACGCUGUGCUCACUCUGGGAGCAAUUUGCCUGCACUCUUUGGUAGGAGCUUGCUUACUUAGGCCAGUAAAAUGGUACAUGGUAACGCCUCCCCAGGAAAUGAUGCCGCUGAACAAAGUUGAACAUGUGGAACUUAUUAACGGAGGACUUCCACAAAAUGGCACUGUACCAUCGCUACCACAACUUGAAGAGUCUAAAGAAAAUGGACCGGUAUCUGUCAAAAGCCAGUCAAUGAGAUCACUUUCCAAUGGUUUAAGUUUAGAAACCAGGAAUGCCAUUUCACAUCCCGAUGUGCAUAAAAAGUCUCAAGAACCAACAUCGGUUUUAGAGUAUAAAUGGUGGGAAUCUCAAGAAAUAAAUUUGGGUAGUUCGAUAAAUAUAUUUCGUGAGAACGAGUUUCACAAAAAGCCUGGACUAGAAAAUGAGGCUUUCAUAGAAAAACCACUAGAAAUUGAAUCAAACAAAACGCUUGUUCAAAAAUUUGUUGACUUUUUCGAUCUGACUCUAUUGAGAGAUCCAAUAUUCUUGAACAUAAUGUUUGGAUUAUCAAUGGCUGGUUGCGUUGAGACAAAUUUUUCCUUAUUAUUUCCAAUAAUUCUUAAAGAUAUGUUAAGAUUUGAAACUUCGCAAAUAGCGAACUUAAUGGCUGUGAUUGGAUUUUCGGACACUUUGUUUCGGCUGGUGUCUCCGUUUAUAGGAGAGUGGUGCAAUAAGUCGCCCAGAGUCAUGUACAUGGUCAGCUUAGCUAUGGUCAUCUUUAUUAGGUCAAUAAUGUUAUUUACAACUUCGUUCAUUGGAAUGAUAUUCGUCGCCCUUGCAAUGGGGAUAACGAAAGGGGUGCGGACAGUCUACAUGAAUAUUGUGAUACCAAACUACGUGCCCUUAGAACGGCUGCCCUUCGCUUCUGGAAUACAGAUGUUCUUCAACGGUAUCAUUAUUAUCACGCUAGGUACCGUACUGGGAAAAAUCCGCGAGCUAUCCGGAAACUACAGAAUACCUAUCGUUAUCUUGAACUGUGUCACAAUGGUCACUGUGAUCAUGUGGGGUGCCGAGUUUCUCUACUUCAAGUUCAGGAAUAAAUCCAAUGAAGAGGCAAAAGAAGCGACCAGUUGAAGUCUGAAAAUGAUCCGUUAGGAAUAACUAUUUUAAUUAACCUUUUCGAACGCUUAGGACAAGCAUUCGUUAUUAACUUUUCUUUAUUUAAUAACACAGAACAUAUGAAUUUAUUUUUUUAUUAUUAUUUUAUUUACAGAUGUAUUUUUCAGUCAUUGAAAUAUUUACAAAGUCAUAAACUAAAGUUAAAUAUAAUACUGGGGACCAUGAAUUAUCCAGUUAAUAUAACAGGUUUAUUUCGAACAACAUAUUAAUUGAUAGGCGACUGAAACCAUACUUAAUUUUAAAAUGAAAUAAUUUUAGUAAACAUUACAAAAUAUGGUUACAUAAUAACACAGUUUACAAUAUAUACUCAUAUAAUGUCAAAUAAAAAAGAAUACAUCAAUACAAUUAUCGUUCUGUAUUCUUCUUAAUUUGUCAAUAUAAAACAUCUAAUCUAUGAAUUCGCUAUAAUUUGUAGUUUAUUGUCUCCAUUGUCAAUGCGUUAAGCACGCACACUUAAAACACUUUCACUAUAUCUCUAAUUGUUCACGUUUUUAUUCAUUUGGUUUUGUAAAUUAGCACUACUUGCGUAACAACAUAAUCACUGCUCGUUCGAUUUAUUUGUUACACUUUUCUCACUACUGACGUUUUCAGGAGGUUCUGCAGUCACUGUAAUGGGGUGUGUAUCCUGAAAUACAAAAUCGGAUUGAAUACUAGAUAUAUCUAUGCAGUACGAAAGCAGUAGGUAAGCUACUGAUUUAAACGUGCGGUUGUUUUAUUGCGAUAAACACAGCGUCAAACUCGAUGCGUUUGUCGCAAAUCCAUUUAAAAUCAGAUAAUCUAAUGACCGUAUAUUGUUUUACGCGGUAAACGCAGCGGUAAGCGUUUUCAUUUUCCCUACAUUCGGUCUAUCGCAUAAAACUACCGCACGCUUAAAGGACUAUACUAUAUAAAGCCUGACCAGUAAUAUAUGAUCACACGCCUUGUUCCGGAAUUUCUAUGGAACUAAAUUUUUCAUACUAAACUGAUCGUAUAUUGCUGGUCGGGCUUUACUUACCGGGUGUGGCCUUUAACAAGAGCAAACAAAUAACUGUAGGCUGUACGUACUCCUCAAACUGACCAACAUUUGUACAGCGACUUAAAAAAAUCUUGUGUUUUGAUUUUUAGUACACUUUAACAUUUAUUCUAAGACGCAAUGUAUUGCCAAUUUUGGUUCUUGACGUGAUAAAUAACGUCAAUUACAAUUACAAUGCCGUAAAAAUAGGAAAUCUAUAGACUUAAUCAUUUUUAAAUUUAUUGAACAUAAGUCACCGUUUGAGAAGUAAAAUCUAUGGUUUUAUUAUUUGCUCGCGUUACAGGCCACACCCGGCCGGUAUAUGAGAGUGAGUAGCUCGCAAUGACAUUUAAAUGAAAUCUGUAUCAUUAAAUAAAAAUCUUAGACUAUAUUUAAGUAAGUAGAAUAAAUUAAUCAAUAUUUUCGACGAAAAUUAUGUAGAACAUAAUUGGCUGAACCAUUAUUCAGUAGAUAUUUUCCAAAAAUCCCUUAUUAAAAAGACGUACGUGCCACGAACAUACGACCUAUAAAAAAUACGGAUUUACGGACCCCUCUAUUAUACUUUUCCCCAUGUUCGACCCUUAACCUGCCUACUUCAGGGUGCUUAGCCAACGUGCCAAUCGUUACCGCUCCGUAGUGUAGCGUAGUCAUCUCUCUAUCACUCUUCCAUAUUAGUGCGGCAGUGACAGUUGCGUUUUGUUCGCUACCGAGUGAACACGACUGGCACGUUGGCUACACACCCAGUAGUUUCUAUGAUUGAUUCUAAAUAUAUAUUAUGUUACGAUUAGUCAGUGCUAAACUCACAAAUGUGUAAUGAUUAUAUAUCAAUAUGUACAAGAGAAUUUUAUUGUACAAAUCGUUAUUUUAACAAUGAGUACAAUAUACAUUUUUAUCGACUUUAAAUUACCAAAUUAUAUUAUAUAUACGUUAUUAGUUUAAUGAUCAGUGCAAUGUGCAAUAUAACACUAAGUAAACUAGUGACUUGUAGGUCAUGUUUGGUUAGAUUUAUUUUGAAGCAGUAGUAGUAGUACGUAUAGUACAUACUUUAAGUACCGAUCUGUUGACUGAAAUACUGUAAGUACUGUAAGUUGGGAAUUUUAUACCUAGAUUGAAAAUUAGUAAAUUAGUAAGAAUAGAACCUCUUUAUUGUUAGUGGAUAUAUUCUGAGAACCUUCUGGAAACGAUGUGCUAUUGUUAAUCUUCUUCUUAUUCUCCAAUUCAUUUACUGAAAAAAAUAAAAUAAGUAUGUUACAAUAAAAAUAUUUUUGUACAA